AGCGAAUACGGUUAGAACAGACUCCCGUUAGAGUGGGGCAGCCUCGAAGCCGAAAGGGUUUUCUCGGCCACAUUUGCACCUUAGACUUCUGUUCGUUUGAUCCUGGGCUGGUGCCUUUGAAACACGCGGAGCUCCCCACCUCCCGCUUUGCGGGCGGGAGUCAAACUACACGUCCACCCCGGGGCCUUGGUAGUUGUAGUGGAACUAACUCCCCGCGCGUCCUCUCCCCGGGGACCCUGAAGGGCGAGAGCGGGGGCUCAGAGGUUUGGACGUUUAACUGGGCUCGGCGAGAAAAGGCGCGCGGGGAGCGCCCGGGGGCGUCCAGGGAGACCAGGUCAACUCGUGGAAGGCUGACAGGUCCAGAUCGUCCCUGGGAGGCGUUCUCUCCCUCCUGGUGAACUGACUGGGACAAGUUGGGUUGAUUUUGACGGGUGCGUCUUGUGAUCCGAGAGCAGAGCUGGGCUUGCGCCGGGGCGGGCUCCCCCCAUUGUUUGGGCUCUGGCGGGGAAGGCAGUGAUGAUCCUCCCCGACCACCCGUAAGGCUUUGGGGUACCCCCCCGCUAUUGUGCCGGUGCCCCCCCCCGUCCUUCCCGGCUCCCCUCUCUCGGCGCCCUCCCCCCACGCCAGCCAGGGGACGGGGCAGGAACCCGCCGGUCCCUGGGUAAUUUUCGGGGCGCGCUGCCCUGGGGCGCGAGGUACUGCUACCGCGCCGACUCAUGGAAACAAUGAAAGGUGACGUGUUGGAGGGGAAACUUCGCGACUGGUUCGGAGCCCUUGCGGGGGAGCGGAGACUGCCGAGGUUGCCCGGGUUUCUUUCCCUUUUUAGGUUUUCCUGGCAAAUCCUCUGCGGGUGGGCAGGCCCCUGAGGAGGUUGAGAUUCACGGCCCCGUUUUCAGUUUCUUCUUGUAACCUGAAACUCCAAGGCCUGGGUUUGCUCUCACUCGUGCGGUCGGAGGGGCGACUUCAGCGGGGGCCGAGGAGUUGGCGGAACAAAAGCUCCCGGGCCGGCCGGGCCGGGCUACUCCCUCGGCGAGUCCCUGUAGGUCCUGCCCACCCCCGCCCCGGCCUCCAGCCACCUGGGGGCCCCGCGCCCAGUGGCCUCCGCUAGGGCUCCGGAAGAGACCUGGCUCGCCGAGUUGGCCUGUCCGUUUUAUAAAAGUCCGUGAAAAUCUUUUCAAGUUUUGUUGAAAACAAAAGCACUUAAAAACUCAAUCGCGGAGCCGGGGAUUUGGUAAGACUGGUUUGUGACAAUAGUGUCUCGUCUUAGAAAACUGAGAAUGCCCAAAAGAUCUCCCCAGAAGAUUUUCAAACAAGCAGGAGAUUCGUUGAGGAAAAUCCCCUAAGUCUCUUUGCUCCCGGUUUCUGACGAUGUGGGAUUCUUGCUUCAGACUUCUGCGGCUGGGUUCUUCCCAGCGCUCCUUGGAUUUAGUGCCUGGGGGGUUAAGUACGUUUCCCGUCGCUUCUCCUGAGAUGUUCUGAUCAGGAAACCUGUUAGGUGUUGUUGCCGCGUCUGGCAGUGAGACCGAGGAUGAUGACAGCAUGGACAGCCCCCUGGACCUCUCCUCUUCUGCUGGCUCAGGCAAGAGAAGGCGGAGGGGCAACCUGCCCAAGGAAUCCGUUCAGAUUCUCCGCGAUUGGCUGUAUGAACACCGAUACAAUGCUUACCCCUCAGAGCAAGAAAAAGCGUUACUGUCCCAACAAACACACCUCUCUACACUACAGGUCUGUAACUGGUUUAUCAACGCCCGGCGCAGGCUCCUCCCCGACAUGCUGAGAAAGGAUGGCAAAGAUCCAAAUCAGUUCACAAUUUCCCGCCGAGGAGCCAAGAUAUCUGAAGCCAGCUCUGUGGAGUCAGCAACAGGCAUCAAAAACUUCAUGCCGGCUCUAGAGGAGAGCCCUUUUCACUCCUGUACAGCUGGACCCAACCCAGCCCUAGGGAGGCCACUGUCUCCUAAGCCAUCACCCCCAGGAUCCAUUUUGGCUCGUCCAUCAGUUAUCUGUCAUACCACUGUGACUGCAUUGAAAGAUGUGCCUUUCUCUCUCUGCCAGUCAGUUGGUGUGGGACAAAACACAGAUAUACAGCAGAUGGCAGCCAGCAGCUUUACAGACACCUCCCUCAUGUACCCAGAGGACACGUGUAAAUCUGGACCAAGUACACACACACAGAGUGGUCUUUUCAACACUCCUCCCCCUACUCCACCGGACCUCAACCAAGAUUUUAGUGGAUUUCAGCUUCUGGUAGAUGUUGCACUCAAACGGGCUGCAGAAAUGGAGCUUCAGGCAAAACUUAUGGCUUAACCCCUUUUUUCAAGCAAAACAGUUCUCAGAAAUGUUAUGAUUGCUGGGAUGAUGGCAAGAGAUGAAUUGCAUUAUUUUAUAUAUUUUUUUAUUAAUAUUUGCACAUGGGAUUGCUAAAAUGAAGCUUCCUGUUACUGAGAUGUUGUCAAUGGAAUACAGUCAUUCCAAGAACUAUAAACUCAAAGCUACUGUAGAAACAAAGGGUUUUCUUUUUUAAAUGUUUCUUGGUAGAUUAUUCAUAAUGUGAGGUGGUUCCCAAGAUCAUGUGAUUUUUUUUUUUCCUCCCCUUUUUUUUGUUGAUGUCUUUUUCAGACUGUGCAAUACUUAGAGAACCUAUAGCAUCUUCUCAUUCCCAUGUGGAACAGGAUGCCCACAUACUGUCUAAUUAAUAAAUUUUCAAUUUUUUUCAAACAA